UGUUUUAACCUAUUUUCUUGUUGUAGAGGUCCUUGCCGAAACACACUGUUCUGUUGUCCAAAAAUUCCGAAACCAUUGUUUAAUCUGAUAAACAUACAAGGGUUAUCAAUGAAAAAUUAUAUCCUGCUAAACUUGUAAAACACUAUUUUAUGAACUCACGCCUCAAAUAGCUCCGCGCCCAAACCUCCACUCCCUAACCUUUACGUUUUUUAUAUUUUUUUCUUUGGCCAGAGCCCAGCGAUUACUAAAACUAACUACAACAACUACCUUUUCCAUAUAAUAAAUACUUCGCCCAAUUCCCCCUCUGUAAAAUAAGAGAACAAAGAUUAAAAACUCGAGAAUUUUCCCCCUUUUUAUAAAAAAAUAAAAAUUUAUUUGCUUUACAGAGAGGAGUAAUCCUUCCUUUAAUUUUUAUUUAAUUUAUUGCAAAAAUUGGGGUGGUGACUGGACAAAUAAAAAAUUAAUUUUUUAUUAUUUUUUAUAAUUUAAAGAAAAAUAAUUAAAUUUCAUUGAAUUUUUAAAUUUAAAAUUUGUAAGAGGCAUUACUUGUUUUUUUUUGCUAUAAUUUAAUAUUUUUUACAAGCUAUGGCGAGUUUGAAUUUUUAUUAGGUUUAAGCAUGUUCAAAAUUAAUUAUUUUACAAUUCUGAUAUCUAAAAUUCUGAAAUUUUAAAUACAUUCUGAUUUCUAUUGAAAUUCUGAUUUUACGAUUCUGAUAUUUUACAAAUUCUGAUUUGUACAAAUUCUGAUAUAUAAAAUUCUGAUUUUUAAAGGUUACAAAAUACAUUCUCCAACUGUUUUUAAAUGAAUUCUGAUUUCUGAUUCUAAAUUCUGAUUAUUGGUAAAUUCUGAUUUUUUUACUAAGUCUGAUUUUCUUCGUUUCCGAUUUCAAAAUUCUAAUUUUAAUAAAAUUCUGAUUUAAAUUCUGAUUUUUCCCCGUUUCUCAACUUCUUCACUUAAUUUUUUAAUUUUCUGAUAUUAAGUAACAUCAUAACUAAAUAAAUAUUAAUUUUUGAACGUUUAAAGCAUUCCAAGCAUUUAUAAAUAUAAAAUCUUUCACACGUCAGUACAUAAAUUAAUAUUAUUUUUUUAACCUUCCGGAAAUUACAAAAUACAUUCUCCAACUCAAUUAAUCAUUUUCUUAUUUUUACCUUUUUUUAUAAAAAAACAACAAAAAUUUGCUCUCUUCUCGAUCUUUGCCCCAAAAAUAGAAAAAAUAUUUUUAAACGAAAAAAGAGCAAAGAAUUCUUUUUUUAGUGUUUUUUUGGUUUUUUUUUUAUUAUCGCGCAGUUCUCCCAACACUUUUUGUUUUUUAUUUAAUCUCUAACCAAAUUUCCGUCUUUGCAAGGUUGGAGAAUUAAAUGGGAGGGGUGUGGGUUAUUGCUUGUUUUUUUCUAUUUAUUUGCUGUUAAUUAUUAGGUUGGAAAUUAUAUGCUAUUUAAGCCAACUCUUAUUUCUCAAAUUCUGUUUUUUAAUUCUGAUUUUGACUAUUCUGAUUUUCUAAAGUUUGAUAAUUACAAUUCUGACAUUUAAUUAAUUCUGAUUUUUACAAUUGUAAUUUUUACACUUCAAGUUUAGCUAUAAUUCUGAUUUUGAUAUUCUGACAUUUUUCUCUUGUAUAUUUCUGAUUUUGUAAUUUCAAUUUACAAUUCUGUUAUUUUAAUUCAACUUUUUUUUACAAAUUCUGAUUUUCUUCUUUCUACGUUUCAAUUCUUGUAUUUUCAAUCGGAUAUCAUUUAAUUCACCCACACUUCUCUCCUUUUUAUUUUUAACUAAUUUUAAUUUCCUCAUUUCACAAGCACGUAAUCUCAUUCCUUGUUUAUUGCGCGCAAAGUUUAAAGAAAAAACACAAUAAAAAUGUUUGCGUCAUUUUCACAUUUUUAUAAACAAUUUAUUUUUAAAUUUUUUUUUCUUGUUAUUUGUUAUGUUCUCUUUUUUCUUUUUAAUUUACUUGGCGGCGCUUUUUUAGUAAAAAACUUUAAAAAGCAAUUGAUCAACCAGCCCUUGCCUCUCUCCCACCUUACAGCUUUUUUGACUGAAAAAUACCGCCUUUUAUGA